GCCCUGGGCCGUGCCCUGCACACCCUGGAUGUGCCUGGGCUGCACCCCACACCCCUGUCUGUGCCCCAGGAUGUGCCACACGCCCCGGGAUGUGUGUUAGGAUGAGACCCAGGAUGUGUCUUGGCCCCCACACAGCGUGCCAGGGGCUGUGCCAUCACCCCCACGGUCCCACCGGGCUCUGCUGCGUGCCCUGUGGGGUGUUCCAGGUUCUGUGUCCCCUUGGCUGCUCCCCUCUGGUCACCAGGGCCCUCCUGCACUGCUGGGGGGCACAGGGGCUGCUGCAUCACUGGGGCAUCCCCACGGCUCCACUGCAGAGAGGGACAUGGCCCAUCCUGCCAGCAGGACACCCCGGGGUGCCAGCCAGCGCCUGGGCAGGGCCAGGUCUCUGCCAGGGCCCCUGUCCUGCUGCCCCGGGAGAAUGGGCACCCCCAGAGGGCUGCGGGCACUCGCAGCCACCUUGGGACCUCUCUGCAGGAGCCACACCUGCCCUGCAUCCUGGGUGACCCCCCAGGUGCAGCUCCUGUCCUGGGCACAGUGCCACGUGAGGGUGUGACAGUCACCCAGGGCCAGCCCCAGCAUCCCUCCCCUGGCUGCCCAAGGCCAGCGUUUUGUGGCCAUUAAUCAUGUCCUAGAACAGCUAAGCCGCUGUGGGCACCAAAAUCUGUGCUGUUCCCAGGGUUGUUUUCUUUUUAUCAGCCCCACACCCCAGGCACUGGCACAGGGCAAGCACUUGGCAGGGCAGGCUGAGGUGCUGGCCCUGGCUGGGGACCUUGGUGGGCUCUGGCUCUUGCAGGGGGCUGUGCUUUCCUGCACAAUGUGAACUCUCUCCAGCAGUUUUCUUGGUGCCCGUGGUUCCUUUGGAGAGAUGGAGGAUCGGGUGGCUUCCCCAUGGGGCAGAGCUCCUGCCAGGGCAGCCAGCCCUCACUUUGCCCAGGAGCCACCAGCAGCACCCAGCAAGGAGGGCACUGCAGAGAGUCCAGCCCCACUGCUGCCAGCAGGAAGAAGAAGCACAGCAGUGCCUUUAUCUUGUGUUCCCUUUGGCCAAAGGAGCUGCUAAGGGCAGGUUGACAUGGACAGUCACCUGGGGACAGGAGCUGGGAGCCCUGGGAGCCCUGGCAUGGCUGGGCCCUUGCCCUGGGCACCGCAGCCCCAAUGCCACGAGCUGAGGUGUGAUAGGAGCAGCCACAUCAGCUGAUGGAGAAUUGUGGCUAUAAAAAACCCCUGCUGGCCCCUGCAGAGCCACACCGAGCCCACCAUGGCCAACGUGCUGCCUGCCUGCCUGCUCGUGGCCCUGCUGCUCCUGGCCCCAGCCCUGGCAGAGCAGCAGGAGCGAGGGCUCAUCAUGAACCUGGACAUCGGGGAGCUGUGCCUGCAGAGUGCCCAGUGCAAGAGCGGCUGCUGCCACCGCGUCGACGGGCUCAGCCUGGCCCGCUGCGCCCCCAGGGCAGCCGAGACCCAGGAGUGCUCUCCCAAGAGCAUCUAUGGGGUGUACUACAAGUGUCCCUGUGAGAACGGCCUGACCUGCGACGCCGACAAAACCAUCGUGGGCUCCAUCACCAACAAGGACUUCGGGCUCUGCAGGGACCCCCGGGACUCCAGGAGGCGGUGAAGAAAGAGCCCCCCUGUGCCCCUCUGUGCCGCCCCUGCCUCUCCCCCUCUCCAGGCAUUCCUGGCUCUAGCUGUGCAAGGAUUUGAAUAAAGACCAGCUUCUGCAGA